UGGCGUCCGUUUAAACUUGUUGAGUCGAUUGCAGGAGGCAGUGCAGUGGAAUCAGCAGCAGUCAAGCGCGCGCUCUGUGACAUUUUCAGACCUUUUCUCGCAGCUCUGUCUGUCUGAAAGCAGUUCAAACCAUCACGACUGUUUUUCUCGCUUCUCUGCCUUUGCGCUUUCUUGGACUUUUCCUGUAGGACUUGCACAUGUGCCCACGCCUGGCGUAGUAAACGAGAGGCGACCUGUGUUUUGUGUGUUUGUAAGGGAGUUUUCAUUGUUUUCCCUGUUUUUUUUUUUUUUUUGCAUCUCUUAAAUUAAAAGGAUCAUCCACAGUGGAGCUGAGUGUGAGGUGUGAGGAGAUAAGAGGAAGAAGACAGAGGAGAAGACUGAACACAGCAGAGCACUGUGAAGAGAGAGAGAGAGAGAGAGAAGAGGAGAGAAAGGCCUGAGAGGCAUUCAUUUACUUGGGCGUCAUGGGGAAACAGAACAGCAAGCUGCGGCCAGAGGUGCUCAACGAUCUGCGUGAGAACACCGAGUUCAGCGAGCAUGAGCUGCAGGAGUGGUAUAAGGGCUUCCUGAAGGACUGCCCCACAGGUCACCUCAGUGUGGACGAGUUCAAAAAAAUCUACGCCAAUUUUUUUCCAUACGGAGACGCCUCCAAAUUUGCCGAGCAUGUCUUCCGAACAUUCGACACUAAUGGUGAUGGGACUAUUGACUUCAGAGAGUUCAUCAUCGCACUGAGUGUGACGUCACGAGGAAAGCUGGAGCAGAAGCUGAAAUGGGCCUUUAGUAUGUAUGACCUGGAUGGCAACGGCUACAUCAGCCGAGCAGAGAUGCUGGAAAUCGUACAGGCAAUCUAUAAGAUGGUUUCUUCUGUGAUGAAGAUGCCAGAGGACGAGUCCACUCCAGAGAAGAGAACUGAUAAGAUUUUCAGACAGAUGGACACCAAUAAAGAUGGAAAGAUUUCUCUGGAGGAGUUUAUUAAAGGUGCAAGGAGCGACCCCUCGAUCGUCCGCCUCCUCCAGUGUGACCCGAGCAGCGCCAGUCAGUUCUGAGCAGAACAACCACAGUGCGCUCUCAUAGUGUUCACUCCAGUCCAAAGUGAACAUGGUAAGUGUUUAUGUAAGCGUAAGAAUGUGGUUGUUGUAUUAUCACAUUUACUAACUUGUCAGUGGCAUUAGGGACCAAUUUUGAUAUGUGAAUGCUAAAUAAAGGCCAGUGAGCACUUAUAUCAUUCCUAUUACCGGUCACUUAGACUAAAAACUACCACUUGUUAUGGACUAGGAAUAUAGUGUUGUGUAUAUUGUGUAGGUGUGUGUUAUAACAGCAGGCUAUAAUGGGAAAUGUUUAAAGAAAAGCAGCACUGUUUGGGAUUAUGUUCAUUUUGAUGAGCAAUGCAUGAUCAGCCCUGAAACUAGGGGCCUUUAUUUUAUUUUAAAUAAAGAGACUAAUUUGUGUGUCAUCUACUAAACUGCACACUGAGCUGGUGGGUGUGUAAUGGGUAAUUUACAAAGAAUAAUUGCAUAAAAUGAUUUUCUGUUGAUAGCCGUGGCGAGUUCAGAUCUCAGACAGACUCCCAGGAGCAUAGGAGUAUGAAAUCUAGAUGUCAAUGUCUCCACCACAUUAGUAAUGGUCAGAAUCACUCACAAACCAAUGCAAGACUAUGAAGAGGUGCAGCUCUGCCCUGACAAAAAUCAAACAAAAUUUGCUUUGUUACAGACAAGUGAUGUAAAUGCAAAUAUACAUGCAUGCUGAUUUACCCUAACUGCUAGAAACUUCGGCGAAGCAGUGGGAUGUAGACUAAACGCACAUGUACAGUGAGACAGAAAUGAUCAAAAUCAACACCUGUCUCUGUCUUGAGCAAGCAUUUUAUUACUAUUGAUACUUUUAAAUCUGCUAACACCUAUUAAAAACAACUAUAAUAGCCUAAUUUUAUCAGGUUAGAGAUUUCAAGAGUUACUUUUUAAAUCCACAUAACCAGGAACAAGCACUAACAAGAUUAUUUAAAAUCACAAAGUAUAAGCUUCAUGUAACAAUACCAAUUUAACAACACAUUGAUUAUAAAUUCAUCAAGUAACAUGAUGUAAGCUAAAGCUAAAGCUAAAGCAACAAACCCAACCUAUCUAAGUCAAAAGCACUCAAUCACAAAUCCACCUGCAAAACUAAUCUUAUCAACCUGGACAUGACCUAGCAAAUAUUCAGCACAUUCUAUUCUAUUCUAUUCUAUUCUAUUCUAUUCUAACUUGGUCUCAGUUCUUAGCUAAAGAGAAGAUCAACAGUGAUUUAAAAAAAAAACUCACCUUGUCAAUUUGCCUCAAUCUCUUGUGAAAAAUAAUUCUUUAUUCUCUUAAUCUGAAGUUUCAAUGAUUCUUAUAUAUAAAUGCUGCAUAUAUAAUGCUGUGUGCUGGGGGUUAUCAAAAAAAUUUAAUGGCUGCUCUAAACUCAACUCUAUGAAGAAAAUAAAAGAAAAAAAAGAAAGAAAAUCUGUACUCUGGAAAGAGGGGUGAAAUGUAACCAAAAAUGACAUCUGGAUUUCCUAUAUCGAUGCAGAGAACAGUAAAUCUUCACACAUAUGUAUAAUUGCCACGAUUAUGCAUAAUUGUGGAGGCAGAUAUAGAGCUAAUUAAAGGCAGUGAGACACAAAACUGAUGCAAAACAAGACUAUAGGCUCUCUUUAAACAUGGUUGGUAUUGGAGACAAAUGUGACUUUGGCAUUAUUUUCAGUCAGUGAGACAUACGCCGUGUGUGAAAUCCCAGACUGAUUCGCUUCAUACAAUGCCUUGCAUAAGCAUCCACCCGCCUUUGAAUGCAGAGAGAGUUUAAGAAUAAAUCCCUCACAACCAAUAGCAUGAUUAAGUUCUAAAUGAUGAAUGAUCUCAAGAAGUCUUCUUUUUAAUUUUCAGGUAUAAAUUGUUUUUUUUUAUUCAUUAUUUCAUGUGUUAUGUUUGAGAGUGUUUUGUGCACGUUCAUAAAUUCUGGCUGAAAAUGCAAACUUUUUUGUAGAAUCACAGUUUUUUUUCCCCACAUUAUUCUGCUUGCAAUGUGGAAUGAUCUUAUAACUGGUUUUUAUUUUAGGGUAUAAAAUUUGCUGUGUUUUUUAUUUGUAAGUGUUUUAUACAUUAAUUUAUUUUUUUUUUUAUAUUGGCAGCAUUUUGUGCGUAUUAAUAGACUUCUGCUUGACAGGUUUCUAGUACAUGGAUAUUCAUCAGCAUGUAUUAGUGUAUUUGUGAUUGUUCUUUUAUAAAAGCAAUGAUUUGAUCAUGUUUGUUUCAGACACUUACUGGUGCAUGUAUUAUGGCAAUUUUUACAUAAAUAUUGUAACUGAGAUUGCUGUAUUGAUAUUAAUAUUUUGUAUUCUAUGCCCUUAUUGUUGUUAAUGGUGCAGUUUAGGACACCGCUAUGGAAUAUAGUGAAGCCCAAUGUGAAUGUAUUUCUGCUUCUUGUUUCUCUGUUUCUCUGAAUGUAAUAAUACUCUGCCAUUCACAAAUUGAUGCAUUGUAACAGUGUGCCACAUACUAUAUCUCCCUUCAUUCCUGUUGGAUAACGAGUUUCCAUGAUGUAGAUUAUGCGUAUGCAACUUCAUCAUUUUCCAUUUCCAUCACCAUAGAAACUGUGGCUUGAUUUGUAAGAUGCUGCUUGACUAAGAUGGCUAUGGAGAUGCAUCUGACCUCGUAACUGGCCUUUUCCCAAGCUUUGUAAAAACACGCCAUCAGGAACAUGUCAAAUGAAGUCUUACUAGAAGUGUUAAGUAAAUGCUUCUAGUAAAAACAGAACCAGAAACCAAGAAAGGCAAAUCAAGUCAGAAUUUUGAUAAUCAACGUAGCAUUUAAAAUCCCUCCAUGGCAUGAAACUAGGGAAUCAUGACAUUCUGUAUUAAAAGAUGUUGUUCAUGGUUAUAACAGAUGUCUUUCAGUAUUUAUAAAGGGAACUGUAACUGUGCUGUUAAUAGAAAAGCUCUGGAGUGUUACUGUGAUUGUUCUUCUUUUGUUUCCAUUAAAAGCAUGUGCUUCCUUCUUGGAUUGAA